UCUUGAAUGAUUAGAAUAAAUAUCAACUUGAUUUGUCCAUGGAUUUGUAAGCAAUGACUGACAUGCUUGCUGCAUCUAGUAUGGGAUUCCAUGACCUCUCUCUCUCUCUCUCUCUCUCUGUACGCAAACCUUUGACUCUUAAAUCUCAUCACCAAUCAAACAAGUCAAUUUGAUCUAAAAGAGGCUCCAACUAUUGUCUUUAGCAUCUGCAAUUUGAUGAAAAUAGAACAAGCUGUGGACUAGUGAAGCAUAGAACAAAAUUACAUCAUAAACAUCCUAGCUGCUGAAGUGCUCGGGUAUCCUUUGGAAGUCCUAUUUCUUCUGCCAAACAAAGAUGAGCUCCAUAAUGCUGCAUCCCGUCUUCCAAUCUCAGAAGAACCUCAACAGGGAUAUUUGGUCAAUUCGGUUGUUUUCUUCGUAUUUAAUCCAGCACUUGUGUCCUCCAACCUUGCUAAAACAAUAACAUAUGAAAGCAUGAUUAAAUUGUGGUUCAUGCCUAUAAAUAUUUUAUUUACAUUUCUCAUUGGUUCAGCACUUGGAUGGAUGCUUAUACAAAUCACAAGACCUCCACAACAUCUUAGGGGCCUUAUCUUGGGUUGCUGUGCUGCUGGAAACUUGGGGAAUAUGCUUAUCAUCAUCGUCCCAGCAGUCUGUAAAGAGAAAGGCAGCCCAUUUGGAGAUUCUGAUGUCUGCAGUACAUAUGGAAUGGCCUAUUCUUCACUUUCUAUGGCGAUUGGGGCCAUUUAUUUGUGGUCGUAUGUGUACAAUAUUGUGCGGAUAUCUUCAAGUAAGUACACUGAAGGGAUUGACGAAUCCUCAAGUAAAUCUUCAGAAGAACCUUCAAAAGUAAUGAAUGGAAGUUGCAGAGAGCCACUACUUUCAAAGGAUUUAUCAAUCUUGGAGAACCAAGCCGACCAUUUUGCACUUCCAUGCUCUUCAUCAGAGGCAAGACCACAAGUUCCAAUUUCAGUUAAGUUUAAACAAUAUUUAAAGAUGCUUUCAGGAAAGAUCAACUUGAAGGCAUUGUUCGCACCUUCAACCAUUGGAGCGAUUGUUGGGUUUUUUGUUGGGCUAAUCCCUCUAAUUCGAUGGCUAAUGAUUGGUGAAAGUGCUCCUCUUCGCGUCAUUGAAGAUUCUGCGUAUUUGAUUGGUGAAGGAGCCAUCCCAGCUACAACCUUGAUAAUGGGAGCAAACCUUCUUAGAGGUUUACGAGGUUCGGAUAUUCAUGUGUCCCUUAUCGUUGGGAUUAUAGUAAUUCGUUAUAUUGCACUCCCACUGUUCGGCAUUCUCAUUAUUAAAGGGGUACUGCAUUUUGGCCUAGUGCAAUCAGAUCCAUUGUAUACGUUUGUUCUUCUUCUUCAAUUUGCAGUUCCGCCAGCAAUGAACAUAGGAACAAUUACCCAAUUGUUUGGUGCUGGUGAGAAAGAAUGUUCUGUUAUUCUUUUAUGGACCUAUGGAUUAGCUUCAAUUUCACUUACCCUUUGGUCAACCUUCUUUAUGUGGCUCGUGGCUUGAUGGUUCUUCCGGUGUGUCAAGUGUUUCUACUACCAACAAAACCAA